CAUGACAUCUCUUUUUUUGUUUUGUUGUUUCGUUUGAUAGGACCAGUUGGAUUGGACUUCAAAAAAGUUGAUGUCGGUUGAUAGAGCGAAUGACAAAUUAAUUAACAAUUAAUAAUUCUGUUUUACUUGUAAAGUUAUUACAUAGGUAUAUCAUGGGUGAGUCUGUAGAAGUAAAAGCCUGUCGGUUUUGCCUGAUCAUGGAUUGUAACCUUUUGUCAAUAGACGUUCAAAUGGAAAACAUAAUGAAAAGUAUUCUUGGACAAAAUAUUUCUUAUGAUUCCGGUUUGCCAAAAUAUGCAUGUGAUGAGUGUGCCCAGUUCUUGGGAAGGAUCAAAACAUUCCAUAACAAAUGUCUUAAGGCGCAAACUGUUUUGUGCAAUAUAAUAAAAAACUCCAGUAAGAUUACAGACUCGGAAAUAAGGAAACUGAAUAGAACAAGAUUGAAACUGGAUGUGCCGCUUUCUCCUCGAUAUUCUCAAGAAGAGGACGAACCUUUCCAAAUGGAAAUACCAUGUGUUACCGUAAAAUUGGAGCCCGUGGAGACAAUGGAGAUGUCCACUGGCCUAGAAAUUGAAACUGAGGCGCAGUUUGAAGGUGAUGAUGAAGUGCUAGAAGAAGCUAGUAAUCCGCUUGAAUCAAACUCAGAACCUGACAGGAAAAGACCGAGAAGACUGAAAAAAGACAUAAAGCUGGAGAUAAAAUUGGAACCGGAAUUAGAUAUAUCUGAAGAAUUCCCCAUGUCUGUACCAACAAUGAGUAUGGAGAUGGGGACAAAAGGACCACAAACAAAAUUAGAUGAGGGUUCUGUCUCGGAUCCCACAUCAGAUACAGAGUCUUGUCUGUAUGAUGACGAUGAGAAAAAUGACUAUAGCCGUGAUUCUGAUGACUUGUCCAGUUCAGAUGAAGAACUAAGUGACGAUGAUUAUAAUUCGUCAAACAUUAAAGAUAUACCUGGAACAAGCAGUGUACAUUAUAAGCAUAUAGAAGAUGUACCGUUAAAACUAACGAAUCGGGUUGAUAACUACUGUGGUCCUGAUGAAUGUGGAGCAAUGUCACAAAAUCAUCAAAGGUUUAAUAGUGAUGAAGUAGAUUGGACCUCGUCUACCGAUCACAUCCCAAAUUUUAGUUUCGACAACUCUUCCCGCGGUCUUCGUGUGACAAUAAGCAAAGAUGCUGCUCCAAUAGAUAUAUUCAAAUUGGUAUUUUCCGAACAGCUGUUUGAUUUCGUUUUACAUAACACAAACGCUUACGGGGCAUCCUUGGCAAACAGCAACAAGCCACACGCAAAAUACAGCCGUAGAAAAUCUUUUCGCCCAGUGACCAAAGAGGAAAUGCUAGCCUUUUUAGGAUUAUGCCUACUACAGAGCCACAUCAGGGGCCCUAGAGGUCGGGCUAUGUUUACAUUUUGUGAUCCUUUGUACUACCAUCCAUUUUUCACAUACGUCAUGUCCGGGAGGCGAUUCGAACAACUUAUGCGCUGUAUCUCAAUCUCAGAGCCAAAUGUGAAAGGUGAGAAGAGGAUAGAAGAUAUGAUUACGGCCCUGUCUGGACACUUCAGCAAAAUGUUCGGGCCAGAUAAAGAACUGGCUAUAGAUGAGCCGUUGAUAUUGUUCAGGGGAAGAUUGGCUUCUAGAAAAUUCAUAGAAUCAAACAAAGCUAAAUACGGCAUAAAAUUUUAUGAGCUCACAAGUGCAGACGGCUAUGUGCUCAACAUCAAAAUGUGUCCAGGCAAAGACAACAGUCAGGAAACCGAAUCAUUCACAACGGAAAACACAGAAAACGUUGUUAUGACACUGUUGGAACCGUACUUAAUGAAAGGCUGCCAUGUAUUCAUGGACAAAUAUUACAAUGACGUAGAACUAAAUCAAAAGUUAAUGAACCUGCGAACAUAUACAUCCGGAGCUCUGAGAAAAACGAGGAAAUCGAACCCAACAGUGUUAACGACAAAGAAACUUAACAAAGGGGAGUACUUUUGGUGUAGAAAGAAACAGGUUUACGUCACAGCGUUCAAGAACAAGCGACCCUUGUAUUUCGUCACUACGAGAAACCAUCCGAAACUGAAGAAGGUCACAAACAGAGACGGCAGAGCGGCAAUGAAACCAGAAGAGGUGGCCAACUACAACUAUUUUAUAGGAAAAAUCGACAGAAAUAAUCAGAUGGUCAGAUUCUAUUCCUCUCCAUUGAUAACGCUGCCUUGGUAUACAAAUGCGUUCUUCCAUCUUCUUGAUGUCAUAGUUUGGAACGCGUAUUAUUUGUAUAGAAGGUUUUUGAAAAAACGCGCGAAUUACAAAUUCUUGGAAUUCCGCGAUCAACUUAUAAAAGAAAUGACGAAUGUCGGCAAAGAUAUCAAAGGAAUAGACACUGUUCGAUUGGGGAACAUAUUUUCGAGUAGGCGUCGUGAAGCGACUCUGGAGCACAAGGCCUUGGGCACCGAGAAUCAUUGGCCAGAGGAGAUUCCUAAUUCGGAGAACUCAAAGAGGAAUGCAAAAUAUAUGAAUUGUUGUUUGUGCAUGAAGCAGAGGAAGCGCAAAGCGACCAAGUUCCGAUGCAAAGGGUGUCCGAGGAAGCCGCAGUUGUGUCCACAGUGUUUUGAGGAGUGGCACCACAACCAUUUGAUGGAAUAUUGAUUUUAAUAUAUUAUACAUACAUCCUUGCAUAUUAUAAAACUAAGUUAACUGCCGCGUUUGUCUGUUUGCGAUGAACACAAGCU